GCCUCAGUGCGGAGAGACGCCGAGUCAGGGAGGAAGAGCCGCUGCGAGGCGCGCGGACACGCACACCGGCGACGACACACGGCAAAUACCGAAACUUUACGCUUCGUAUUAACACAACUACUAUUUCUAGGACGAUUAUUUCCCCGCCGCCUCCUCCUGAACCUGGGUUCGAGUUACACGCAGGAGCGAGGCUACAACUUCUUCUUCUUCUUGUUGGAGACGGCUGGCCCGCGACAGGCAUGAUGGGAUUAUUCUGGGAAUGACUGCGCCCGCUCCUCCGGAAAGCAGCGAUCUGCCUCGGAACGAUGUGACACGCUGCGGCUCGUGGAUUCUCGCCUUUCUGGAUAUUUUGAAAACCAUUGGAAACAGUUGAGGUUUUUUUUUUUUUUUUUUUUUUUUGAGUGAGUGUGAGAGACGCGCGUGAGUGAGUGUGUCCAACCCUUUUCGGGACCAGCAUGGAUUUACAACCCCCGGCCCCCUUUUCAGAGAACUUCUUCUAACUUGUUGUUUUUAUUCUCAUUUGGAGAGUUAAAAAGUUAAAGACUAAACAGCUUCCACCUUGAACGCUCAAGCUUUUUAUUAUUUUUGUAUUUUUCUAAUUUAUUUGAAUUCAUUUAUUUUGGACUGGAUUCCCAACAUCAUGAACUUUAUUGACAGUUUGACUCUAUUAUUUUUGACGCUGUCAGCUGUCAAGAGCGCCCACAUACCGAAGGAAACGGAAAGAGGUCCACAUGAUGUGAUCCCUUUAAUGGAGGUGUACAACAAGAGUUUGUGUCAGCCGCGGGAGGUGCUGGUGGAUAUUCUACAGGAGUACCCGGAGGAGGUGGAACACAUCUUUAUCCCGUCCUGCGUGGUGCUGAAGCGCUGCGCCGGCUGCUGCGGCGACGAGAUGCUCCAGUGCACGCCGACCGCCAGCUAUAACGUUACAAUGGAGAUUAAAAGAAUAAAGCUCCAAAGGCAACAGAAUAACAUAUUCAUGAGUUUUACAGAGCACAGCGCAUGUGAGUGUAGAUUAAAGACAGACGUGAAAGGAGUAAAAGAAAAAAAAUCCGGGAAAGGCAAAGGCCAAAAGAAAAAGCGAAAGAAAAACCGUGACAAAACAAUUCACGAUGCUGUCUGUGAGCCAUGUUGUGAUAACUGCACAGAGAGGAGAAAGCGUUUGUUUGUGCAGGAUCCAGCAACCUGCCGGUGCUCCUGCAAACACACAGUUGAAUACUGUAAAGAUCGCCAGCUAGAGCUCAACGAGAAGACCUGCAAAUGUGACAAGCCGAGAAGAUGAGAGCGGUGGCAGCACCAGAUGUACAAGAUGAAGGAAUAUUCUAAAGAUAUUUCACAGCACAGCACUUUGACCUUUGAACCGUAAGCUCUUUUCUGUGGAAAGCAUUCCCCUUGGACUGACAAAGAACAAAGAGGACUGGCGUUUCCUCCCUCUGUAUAUCUGCGUGUACAUAGACCAUAAUAUGCGAAAAAGACAAAAAGAGCACAGAAUUGUUAUGCUGCUACAGAAACGAAUAACUAAACCCAACAUUGACUAAAAACAAACUAGAUGUGGUUUUGCAUUUCUAACCGGCUUGUGACGCAGGUGUAGUCUUAUUGUCAAUCGUAUGCAAUUUCUUCACUGGAUUUGAGUCUACUGUGGUUGUGUGUCAUUCAUAACGAGCAAAACCUCUAGAUAUAUAUUUAAAUGCUACGACAGCGGGCGAGACUGAAAAAGACGUGGAUGCGUUCUUUCAAAAGCGACGGAUGGACUUUUCGUUGGCCGACAUCUGCGUACGCUUUUGGAGCGACGAGACAAACGG